CCGUGUAUGGAAACCAAGCUCACUUUUCCCUGGGCCGUGCUCGGGGGGCAAGGGGAGGAGGGCAGUGACUGCUAUGGGACUGGGGCUCCUCUUCCUCACCGUGCUGGCCACGCUGGGCUCCUGCCAGUACCCAGGAGACCAGGACACCUACUGGUCCGGCACAGCGCCCAUCUGCCUGGGGGGCUGCAAGGGGAAGCACAAGGAGCUGAAGAGGAGCCAGUGCGGGAACGGCAGCUGCUGCUGGCUGGGCUACAAGUCCUUCUGCCGAGUGAACUGCGGGCGGCCCGAGGCCGACUUCAACUCGGUGGUGUACGGCAACGACUGGUGGGUGGGCUCGGUGGUGCGCUACAGCUGCCGGCCUGGGUUCCUGCUGCUGGGGGACCCGGCCAGCGCCUGCCAGUCCGACGGCCACUGGACGCCCAAGCCCACCUGCCUCCGGGAGGGAGAGGAGAGGAGAGGAGAGGCGGCGGCGCUGCGGCAGCGGGGAGCGGCGGAGCCCCGGGAGCUGCGCUGGGAACGGAGCCCGCAGCCCGGCAGAGCGCCACGAUGGCAGAGAAGGGCAUGGAUCCUGCCUGCGUCUCCAUCGCCCUGGAGGACACGGUGUGCCACGCCAGCCCCCCGGAUGCCCCACUGCUCACCACCCACCUGAAGAAGGUGGAGAACCACAUCACGGAGGCCCAGAGGUUCUCCCACCUCCCGAAGCGCUCGGCCGUCAACAUCGAGUUCAUCGACCUGUCCUACUCCGUGCGCGAGGGCUCCUGGUGGAGGAAGAGAGGGUAUAAAACUCUCCUCAAAUGCCUGUCGGGGAAAUUCUGCCAGCGGGAGCUCAUCGGGAUCAUGGGGCCCUCGGGCGCCGGCAAGUCCACGCUGAUGAACAUCCUGGCUGGCUACAGGGAGACGGGCAUGAAGGGGCAGAUCCUGGUGAACGGCCGGCCGCGGGACCUGCGCACCUUCCGCAAGAUGUCCUGCUACAUCAUGCAGGACGACAUGCUGCUGCCGCACCUCACCGUGCUGGAGGCCAUGAUGGUCUCCGCUAACCUGAAGCUGAGCGAGAAGCAGGAGGUGAAGAAGGAGCUGGUCAACGAGAUCCUGACGGCGCUGGGGCUGCUGGAGUGCUCCUACACCCGCACCAUCUCCCUGUCGGGGGGGCAGCGCAAGCGCCUGGCCAUCGCCCUGGAGCUGGUGAACAACCCCCCGGUCAUGUUCUUCGAUGAGCCCACCAGCGGCCUGGACAGCGCCUCGUGCUUCCAGGUGGUGUCCCUGAUGCGCUCCCUGGCGCAGGGCGGCCGCACCAUCAUCUGCACCAUCCACCAGCCCAGCGCCAAGCUCUUCGAGAUGUUCGACAAGCUGUACAUCCUGAGCCAGGGCCAGUGCAUCUUCAAAGGCGUCGUGACCAACCUCAUCCCCUACCUGAAGGGCCUCGGCCUCCACUGCCCCACGUACCACAACCCCGCCGACUUCAUUAUCGAGGUGGCCUCGGGAGAGUACGGGGACCUCAACCCGGUCCUGUUCCGCGCCGUGCAGAACGGCAUGUGCACCAUGGCCGAGAAGAAGAGCAGCCCCGAGAAGGCCGACUCGUCGUGCCCAGCGCACUGCGUGGCGGACGUGGACCACAUCGAGAGCCACACAUUCGCCACCAGCACCUCCACCCAGUUCUGCAUCCUCUUCAAGAGGACCUUCAUCUGCAUCCUGCGGGACACGGUGCUGACCCACCUGCGGUUCAUGUCCCACAUCUGCAUCGGGGUGCUGAUCGGGCUGCUCUACCUGCACAUCGGCAACGACGCGGGCAAAGUCUUCAACAACACCGGCUUCCUCUUCUUCUCCAUGCUCUUCCUCAUGUUCGCCGCCCUGAUGCCCACCAUCCUCACCUUCCCCCAGGAGAUGUCCGUGUUCCUGCGAGAGCACCUCAACUACUGGUACAGCCUGAAAGCCUACUACCUGGCCAAGACCAUGGCCGACGUGCCCUUCCAGGUGAUCUGCCCCAUCGCGUACUGCAGCAUCGUGUACUGGAUGACGGGCCAGCCCCCCGAAGCCACGCGCUUCCUCCUCUUCUCCGCCCUGGCCACCGCCACGGCCCUGGUGGCUCAGUCCCUCGGGCUUCUCAUCGGAGCUGCCUCCACCUCGCUGCAGGUGGCCACCUUCGUGGGCCCCGUCACCGCCAUCCCCGUGCUGCUCUUCUCGGGCUUCUUCGUCAGCUUCAAGACCAUCCCCACCUACCUGCAGUGGAGCUCCUACGUCUCCUACGUCAGGUACGGCUUCGAGGGCGUCAUCCUCACCAUCUACGCCAUGGAGCGCGAGGACCUGGAGUGCCUCGAGGACUUCUGCCCUUUCCAAAAGCCCAUCAAGAUCCUGCAGGAGCUGGACGUGGAGGAGGCCAAGCUCUACCUGGACUUCCUCAUCCUGGGCAUCUUCUUCGUCAUCCUGCGGCUCCUGGCUUACCUGGUGCUCAGGUACAAGGUCAAGUCGGAGAGAUAAAGGGGCCACGGGGCCCCAGUGCCGCUCCCGGGCCUGGCCUGGGGACAGACACAGCUGGACCCGGCGCCCCGGGCCGUGUCGGUGGGUGCCAGCCAGGCCUGGCUCAGUCGAGAAGGGUUUUGAGACAUCUCGGAACUGUUUUAACCUUUCCACGCACUCUUCAUCGCAAACGUUUUGUACAGCCCUGGCGCCUGCCACCCUCAUUCCCCUGGGGACUGCUGGACCCCAUGGAGCUUGGGACCCCUCCGGCCGCCCUGCCCCUCUCCAAGGGGCACCGGGGACGGUCCCACGGGGCCAAGGGGGCUGCUCUGUGCCAGGAGGGGACACCCGCAGAGCCAUCACGAGCCCCCGGAGCACCAGGCACGUGCAUCAGCACGGAGAGGAGCACGAAGAUUCAGCAGGCCCCGUUGCACAAGGCUUUCAUGUUUCCUGUUUCCGUAGCCGCAGAGAUUGCUGCAUCCCCUUUUCCUUUCGGCCUAGAUUCCCCCCCCCUCUUUUUUAUUUUUUCCUCUUUUUUUAUUUUUAUUUUAACCCUCCCUGCUUCUUGGAUCCAUCCGUGCUGCUGCUUGGAUCCAUCCUCAGAGGGGAUCUGCAACCCUGGGGACUUGGCGGGGUCUGUGGGAGUGGCACGGCGCUCUCAGACCUUAGGCAGCCUCGUGUUUGGUCCCUGUUGGCUUUGGGAUCCGAGCCAAGAGGAUAAAA